AACCCCCAGAGGGGACUGCGUAGAGCCACCAGUUGAAUUGGUUCCCAGAGAACCCGACUCUUCUUCAAUCCUCUCUCAGUAGUCAGUAGCUGUGUUUAUCUUAUCCAGGAAACAGGUCGAGAAAGUACGGAAAUCGAGCUGACGUGAAAUGAAUCUAUUAAAUGCAAAAUGAUCAAUUCUUUGUAAAUAUGGAGUUGAAAGCCUGGAGUACACUUUUGUUAUUCCUCCAUCUUGGAAUUUGUUCAGAUCCUGGAAGUGUUCACCAUGAGUCCUACACACUAGAAGGAGGAAGCAACCUCACUUUGCCCUGUAAAGAAGCAGACCUGGAGGAGAGAUCUCUUCAUACAAUUCUCUGGUUCUGCAGGGGUUGUGAGGGUGUUGAAGGUGGAUUGAAGGAAAAGGCAAGGUUUGAUGCUGAUGGAUAUUAUCUGGAUUCAGGAGACUCCAGGUUAGCCUGGGUGGAAGGAAACUACAGUUUGGUUCUGAGUAAGCUUACUCCAGGAGAUACUGGAGAUUGGUUCUGUACUGUCAAUGGAAGAUCACAAUAUCUUCAUAAACAUUCUAUACUAGUCAGAGAUGUGCCGAGCACGCCAGGACGACCUCUAAUCAUGGCCUUCAGCUCAAGGACAGUGAACCUCUCCUGGGCCCCUCCUCUGGACUCCCACAACUCCCCUGUCCUCGGAUACCUCAUCAAACAGAGGAUGGGCGAAGAUAGCAGCUGGGAGUACAGUAAGGAGAUAAGAACAGGAUCUAAUUCUACAGAAUUCUCAGUUCGAGGCCUUCAACCUUUUACUGUUUAUAGCUUUAAGGUUGUUGCGUUGAAUGAAGUAGGAUACUCUGAGGCAAGUGUAGAAUCCUAUUAUAUGAUAACACUAAGAGAGACACCUACUGGAAAACCAACUAUAACUGAAGCUAGGAACCAGAGCAGCUCGUCAAUUCAUCUGGCUUGGCACCCUCCCCACCCGGAUACACUUCAUGGAGAGUUCCUGGGAUACAAACUGUCUAUCCGGAUCCGGGCAGAGGGUUCAAUCCCACAGAUUAUAAUGCUCAAGGAGCCUGGAGUACGUGAGUACACGGUACAAGGAUUGCAAACCUUCUCCCAGUACCUGGUUUCCCUUCAGGUUAUUAACCCUGAGGGCGAAGGUCCCAAGAGUACGGUUGUCGUCAUGACAGAUGAAGGAAUCCCAAGUGCUCCUGAGAAUGUUGAAAUGAAAAAUAUUACCAGUGAGAGUGUACUUGUAUCAUGGAGCUCACCUAAACAACCUAAUGGGAUUAUAUUAGGAUACAGGUUGUACUAUAUGCACACUAACUACACUGAUGUUCAAACUAUCAGAGAAUCCACAGAAAGAUCCAGUUUUAACCUCACAGGACUAGGUUCGUACACUGAAUAUAGAAUUUGGCUAAAGGCGUUUACCUGGAGAAAUGAAGGUUACUCCAGUUCUCAGUUUCCAGUGCGAACAGAUCUGCGUAGUCCCCCCAGCCCCCAGAUCUCCAACCUGACCUGCCUGCUCGACUCCUCGGUCUACCUAGAGUGGAGGGGGGAGGAGAAGACCAAGGUGGACAUGUACUCGGUCUACUACAAGGAGGAGGGCGACACAGAGUUCAUGGAAAUUCUUGUUGAAAACGCCACAAAUUUGGAAUAUAAGGUUACUUUGGAGAAUCUAACAGAGGAUGCAUCCUACUGGAUCAAGCUCCGGGGUUUCUCCAGGAGCAUAGUAAACCCUGCUCUGGUCUACGAGGGGGACUGGAGUGAGAUCAGGAACCUGGUUCUCAAGGGAGGAUGUCAGGUUGCCAAGGCCUACACUGUAAUAGACUCCCAGAGUAUGGCUCUGCACCUGAAUGCUGGUGUUAUUGCUGGUCUAGGAGUAACAGUUCUCCUUGUUGCUGGAGCUCUGCUCUCACUAGCCUUCUGGAGAAGGUACUGGAGUGAGUCCUAUUACUACCUGGAGGAAACAUCCUCUAACAAGUAUCCUACCCCAGACUGGGAUGUAAAGAGUGCUGUGCCUGCACAUCUGUUUGUACAGUAUGUACAGAAGCUACGGAGCUCCGGGUUCUCCCAGGAGUUUGAAUCUUUGAACCUGGAAAAUACAAACCUGGUCAAACAAGCAGAUAUAUCUUCUCGUCCAGGCAAUAGAACCAGGAAUAGAUACAACAAUGUUCUAGAUAAAUGUGCAUGCUACUGGCCUACAACUAAGUCUGUGGUGAAGAACUAUGGGAUUAUAUCUGUAUCUCUACUAAGUGAAAAAGUUUUAGCAAACUACACAAUAAGAAUAUUCUCUGUAUCCAACACCAAACUCAAACAAAGAUCUGGUCUUGCAACCAGGGAGAUAAGACAAUACCAUUAUACCAGCUGGCCAGAUCAUGGGGCCCCGGACUAUCCUCUUCCAAUUCUAUCAUUUAUCAAAACGUCAAGCGGGAGGGAGGGUCCAGGGCCCACAGUGGUUCAUUGUAGUGCUGGAGUAGGACGGACAGGAGCUUAUAUUGUUAUAGAUUCUAUUCUCAAACAGCUUAAAGCUAAGGGUGAAUUAAGUAUAGACCCGUUUCUUCGUCAUAUAAGAAAACAAAGAAAUUUUCUUGUUCAAACCCUUGAACAGUUUGUUUUCAUACAUGAGGCUUUAGUUGAGAUAGUAUUGAGUGGAGAGACUAGUAUUAAACUAUCUUAUAUCUCCCGUUAUAUCAACAGUCUUCAGAGCAGUUUUACAACAGACGAGACCACAGUUCCUUUCCAGCUGUUAGAGCGACAGUUUAGUCAUGUGACAAGCUUUAAACCCACAGAGCAACAGUUCUCAGCCGCCAUUCUCCCCUACAACCAGCUCAAGAACCAGAGUUUUGAUUUUAUUCCGCUAGAUGGCAAUAGGGUUGUUCUCAGCCAAAUGCCCGGUGUGGACGGAUCCGAUUAUAUCAAUGCUAGUUGGAUGCCGGGAUAUACAAGUUUAAAUGAAUUUAUUCUCACUCAACACCCUAAGGAGCAAACUACCGAGGACUUCUGGAGAUUGGUUUGGGAACAACGGGUUCUUACAGUGGUCUGUUUAUCAUGUGUUCAGGAUCCAGAUUUCCCCGUGUUCUGGCCUCAUGAACAGAAAAGGGUUGGAAACAUUAUAGUUUCCCCCACCGAAGAGGGUUUACUCUGCGGGUUCCAAACCAAGGAUUUCUCUCUCCGACUCCACAAUGAGACACAGAAUAUGAAGGUUCGUCUUAUCUUCUGUCCUGAGUGGUCCUCUGAGAACCACUCCACUAUGUUGAGUUUAGCUGGUGUACUCAACUCUAUCCCUUCUCCUCCCAUCCUCGUGAUGGAUACCCUAGGUGGGUUUCAGGCUGGAACCCUGAUAGCUCUUUCCUACCUCACUAGGCAAGCUAAGGUUGAAGGAUGUGUUGAUGUAUAUCAGACAGCUAAGACUCUACACUACAGUAGACCUGGUAUCUGGGUUAGCAAUGAGACUCUGCUAGGAUUAUACAAAGCAACCCAAACCUACUGUCUGGAGUUAGAGAACAAAGGAAAACCAGACGGAACUCAAGAUAAAUCAAAAUCAAAGUUUUAAACCAAAGAAAUAGAAUGAAGACCAAAGGAUGUUUUGACCAACCCUCAAAACUGAAAAAAAACCUCAAAAAAUUUACCAAACAUUUGCAAUUUUUCAAUUCUCAAUUGAAAGCUAUGAAUAAAAACAACAAUACUAGUCGUUCCCAAAACUCGACAUGGUAAAAACUAUAUGUUUGUUGUCUAAAAUGUGAUUAUUUAGUCUCAAAAUAAAUAUAGAAACCAAA